GCUGUUUAUAAUGUCCUGGCAGCGCGCAGCACCGUGAUCCGGUGCCCGCCGUGUCCUCCGGAUACAGUGGAACACAGAUCGGACGGGACCUCUGUGCGAGGUCCUGAUCAUGUGAUCACUGAUUGGCCAAUCAGUGAUCAAAUGCAGAAGUAGUAAGCAAGGUGUUACUUCUGACAUCAUUGCUUACUACGUGUGAAAUCUGUGAAUGAUCACAGAGGUAACAUUGUACAGGGCUAAUCACAACAGCCUUGUACCAUAUGACAAGCUGUGACCAAUCACGGCUCUC